CCCCUUUUGGAAACACUAUAAACAAGAAGGGUGCCAACGCGGACCGACGCGCCUUGAACUCAUCACGGCGGGAGGUGCGGAGGAGCGCAGAAGGAGCAGUGCAGAGUCGACUGACUGGGAGCGGACUUCACACGCGAACCAUGAUGAUGCUGCUGGGUCCCCUGGCCUUCCUCUGCAUCCUGGCCGCCACGGCCGUGUCUGUCCCGCCUCAGGAGAAGCGGGUCCAUCACCAGCCUGACCUGAGCAGCCACGUGCACGACGACGCGCACGGCUACCAGUACGACCACGAGGCCUUCCUGGGCAAGGAGGAGGCCAAGACCUUUGACCAGCUGACCCCCGAGGAGAGCAAGGCCAGACUAGCGAAGAUCGUGGAGCGCAUAGACACCGAUAAGGACGGCUUCAUCAGCCACGCCGAGCUGCACCACUGGAUCAAACACCGGCAGAGGAGGUACAUCGAAGACAACGUGAACAAACACUGGAAGGACUACGACAAGAACCGGGACGACCAGAUCGCCUGGGAGGAGUACAAGAACACCACCUACGGCUACUACCUGGGAGAGGACUUUGAUGACGUAGAAGACAAGGCCACGUAUAAAUCCAUGCUCGCCCGAGACGAACGGCGUUUCAGGGCGGCCGACCGAGACGCCGACGGCAUCGCCACGCGGAGCGAGUUCACGGCCUUCCUUCAUCCAGAGGAGUUUGACCACAUGAAAGACGUGGUCGUCCAGGAAACGCUUGAAGACAUCGACAAGAACAAAGAUGGAAAGAUCGACAUCAAUGAAUACAUCGGGGACAUGUUCACACCAGAGGACGGAGAGACGGAACCUGACUGGGUCCAUACAGAGAAGAAGCAUUUCUCCGAGUUCAGGGACUCCAACAAGGACGGUUAUCUGGACGCCGGUGAAGUGGCCCACUGGAUUCUCCCAGGAGAGGUGGACCAUGCUGACAACGAGGCCAAACACCUGAUCCACGAGACGGACACCGACAAGGACGGGAAGGUCACCAAGAAGGAGAUUCUGGCCAACUGGAACAUGUUUGUGGGCAGUCAGGCCACAAACUAUGGAGAAGAUCUGACCAAAAAGCACGACGAGCUUUGACGAGCCGACAGAAUUCAAGACCAAUGUCUUUGGAUCUGCGCUCCACCGACGGUUUUCAGGGGGGGGGCUGUUUAACCACACAGAAUAGUUUUGGACCAGGAGCUGAGGGCUGCACUAGAACACCCAAACUCUGCAGGUGACAGUGAUGAUGCUGACGUUUGUUGACGCGCGGUUUGGUCCAGGAGCUCCAGCUCUUGGUUCUGACCGUGCACGGCCGUAUUCGUGCACGGCCCGUCAGGGACGAUCCAGCUGAGGACAUUUCAGGAGAAACGCCGCGUAGCAGGAAGGCUUUGUGAAGUUCAGUAAAAGCCGAAGCUCCUCUGCCCUCCGGCAUGUGACCGUUUGCAGACGCUCAGUGUUCGUCCGCUCACCUCCAACGACGCUGUGAGGACGGCGCCGCCUCCCUGUCGUCACACGCCAACACUCCAUUUUUCAAGCUGCACUGAACUCUUCAUUUGGUCCAAAUCUUCCCGUUCUCCGUGUUUGCUGUCCACCCUGAGCUAGAGGAGCUCUGUUACACGUUCAAACAUUAAAGGUUGGGUUUUUCUACAGAUCUA